AUGUCAUAUAUUGAUUAUCGUACUCAUCCAAAUAAUAAUUCUGGCCCCGAAAAAUGGAAUCAAGAUGAUGACUUCGAUGUAGAUUUAAUAGAAGUGGAACCUUUUGAUACGGAGAGUAACGGCGAUGGUGGAAUUGGAUCAAGUAAGGGUAUG